AUGGCCUCCCCUAGUGUUCUCACCUUUGACGCUGAGGGUCGGGCAGUUGACUUUGAGUUCUGGGUAGAUGAUCUGCAGCUUUUCCUACAGUGUGAUAGGGCAGACGGUCUCUCCAUGUUUGACCUCACUUCUGGUGCCUCUCCAGCCCCUGCUGCUGAUGCUGACGCCAUUGUUCGCUCUCGGUCGGCACUGCGUCUGCCCCGAGCGGGAGAUGCCGCACCGGCAAGGGCAAAGGGGGCAAGGGCGCUGGAGGGGCUGGAGGGGCCUGUGGAGGUGGUGGUGGAGGUAGUGGAGGUAGUGGGGGUGGUGGUGGGAGUGGUGCCGGGGGUGGCAGCAGUGGAGGAGGCGGAGGCGGUGAAGGUGGCGGAGGGAGCGGAGGCGGCGGAGGUGGCGGAGGAGGCGGAGGUGGAGGAGGCGGCGGCGGCGGCGACGGUGGUGGAGUGGGCCGCGACUCUACGCAGAGGAUUGGCUCAGGUGGUGGUCUGCACCAGCAGCAGCGGAGUGGUGUGA